CUUCUUCACUUCCGGUACAUGCGCUUCCUUUUGCUGUGUUCCUAAAAACAAUAUCGAAACUGUGCUCGUCUGGAAUACCGAUAUAAUGACAGAACGAAAAACAAUUCAGGAGGGAUACUAUGUAGUAUUCAAAAGGGACGACCAUUCAAAAGUGUUUCAGAUUUGUAAGAAAAAACAUAUUUUCUUUGAGAAAGCCAAGAUUGCUGGGGAACAGCUGAUUGGACAGCAUUAUGGGUCCCGGUUUACUGUUGAGAAAGGGCAGCUUAUUCCUGUGGUCGUGACCAAGACCUCCAUUAAUGUGGCUAUUGCAAGAGAAGAAGAUGGAAUGUCAGGAAAAGACAACCGAGGCUUAGUGGGUUCUGAAGAGAAUCAAAAGCUCUCUCAUGAAGAAAUCAUUAAAAUGAAAGAAGAGGGUGUUUGUGGUCAGGCUAUUGUUGAAAAGCUGAUCGAGCAGAGCGAAACAUUCAAAACCAAGACAGAAUUUUCUCAAGAGAAAUACAUCAAGAAAAAAAGUAAGAGACACAUCCUUGAGUUCCGGGUGCUGGAACCAAAUGCUCACCAUCUCUUAGAUGUCUUCAAGCAGUCACCCAUGAAAAUUUGCAAUCUACGAGCAGAUAGCCUCUCACAGCUUUUAUGCUAUGGCAGCGUCAUGGCUGGAGCUACAAUUGCUGUGGUGGAAUCUUGUCAUGGUCUGGUUCUGGGCUCUGUCAUGGAGAGAAUGGGAGGCUUGGGAAAAGUUAUUCACCUGUUCCCAGGAAACGAUAUGAACAGACAUGUGGUAUCAUACUUCAACUUCUCUGAAGAACAUAUGCAGAUCUUAUAUGAAUUUCCACUCAACAAGCUGGCGGAGCUGGAAUGCAGCACAGAUAACACCAGGGUGUGUUCUGAAAAUCUUCCUUUAUGUACGGAAGUGACGGAGAAGACUGAAAAACCUAAGGUGCUGGAGGACUGUGAUAGUGCUGUCGAACAAGACGAUGAGAAGAAGAUGGAGACAGAGUGUGUGGACAUUCCAGAUGAUGUCGUUAAGAACAGAAGUCCAGCUGAUAGUAAAAAAGAGGCUGAUACCAGCAGAAAUGGGAGUACAAAGGAAGACAUUGCCAUGAAAAAAGCUGAUGAGGCAAUGGAUGAAGAUGGGAGUGUUCAAGAAGAAGAGGGCCGCAAAAGGAAAGCACAGGAACUAAAGGAGGCAGACAAAGAAAGCAGGAAGCAGAUUAAGACAGAAAGAUCAAACAAGGCAGCAGAAAUAUUGAAGGGGAGAUUAAUAGACAGUCUUAUCAUUGCUGCCAAAUACCAUCCAGCAACACUUCUUCAAAGGUUGCUUCCAUAUGUGCCACCUUCUCGUCCAGUUGUGGUUUUCUCACAACACAAGGAGCCUCUGGUUGAAUGCUAUAAUCUAGUACAGGAGAAGAAUCUGGGCAUUCAGCGACGGCUGUCAGAAACAUGGUACAGAGAAUACCAGGUCCUGCCAUCUCGAACACACCCUCAGAUGAGUAUGUCUGGCACGGGAGGGUAUCUUCUUACAUUCACCACUGUUACAGACAGCUAGUGUGUUUUUGAAAAUAAACUUGACCAUCUUCC